CAUAUUGACGCUAACCGGUGCUUUGUCGGGUGUGUCGCGUCGGUGGCUGAUCAGUGCGGACCGUGAGGCUGGCAGACGGCGAGUGGCCCUGAUUUUCCGGGCGCGGCGCGAGGAGCGCAAGGGUGAGACCGCGGCGAGAGACUGUGUGCAGCCUCUGGAGAGACUAACUCGGCGCCCGCAGCCAUGUCGAAGAAGAAGGAGGCGAAGGCUGACGACAUGUCGUGGGUGUUCGACUCGCUGGUGGACUUUCUACGGGGGCCGAUCUGGAACAUCCCUAUGAUCAACUUCAUCGAGCAAAAGUCGAUGAUCUUUGAGCCGGACGGCGACAACCAAUGCGAAUACCGACGCGUGCACGAGAAUUACAAGAACCUGGUGGAUCUCAUGCUGGGUACCUACAUGGAGGACAUCGGCAUUACACCGCUGCAGUUCGAGAAGGCCUGCAGCAAGUCCUCCAGCCGCCUGAAGUCGCAGUUUCACCAGAUGCUGUUCGAGCAGCUUUGGGCGGCCGAUGACUUUGACAUGUUCCAGCGCAUGAUGGUGCGCACCAACAUCGAGCUGCAGCUGCAGGCGCUGGAGCUGCUGCAGCAGCGCUAUGGCCUCACGCCGGCCAGCUUCAAGGCGGAGGACACUGAGGUGAGCGAAGAAGAGCGGCGCGUGCUCGAGGAGGUCAUCCGCCGCUCCAUGCUGGAGCACCAGCAGGAGAAGGAGCGCAUGGACCAGGAGACGCGCGACCUGGAGCGCACGAUUGCCGAGACGGGCGCCGAGCGGCAGCGGCUAGAGGCUGAGCGCAGCCGUGAGCAGGAGCUCAUCCGCGCCACCAUGCAGCUGUCGGUGAACGAGAGGGCGUCCGACGCCGCGCCGGCCGCCGCCGACGACGGCAAGAUCAGUGCCGGGGAGAUCGCGAAGCGUCAGGCCUACUUGCGUCAGCAGCGCGACAAGCUGCUCGCCAUGAAGCGCUGCGAGCGGCAGAAGCUGCUGGAAAGCUCGGAGAAGAAGGAGGCGACCAGCCGUCCCAAGUCGUCACGCGCCGCGCGCUCUGCGUUUGCUGGCAAGAUUGACGCGAAGACGCUGGAGAUGAGGAAACACCUGGCUGACGCCCUGCGGCGAGAGGUGGUAAACAAAAAGUAGCAGUACCGACGGUAGAUGGCGGGAGUGGCUGUUCGUCGGGCCCAGGAGGCAUGGCCGUGAUUGAUAUUGGGAUGAUGGCUGAGAAGGGUUUGCUAGACUCUAGAUUACUCGGUAGUUCUAGGCGGUAGUUUUCAGUUGUGUUUUUCUUAUGGUGCUUUGCCUGAGCUGUGUGCGCGCGAGACACGAUCCUCUUAUAACUAAUCAGUUUUUUAGCGCAAUGGUGAUUUGAUGUCCAUAGAUGUUGACAAGCCAGAAGGCAGAGCAAUGGUGGAACUUACAUAUCUUGUUUUUGAUGGAGAUAUUCCUUCUCACGCUUGUCUCUGCUGAAUCUUCAGGAAGUAAUACACUAUGCAAGUACAUGUCAAAAAACAGUGGCAUAUUUAUGCCACCUAUUCUGCGGCGUGGCGUGUCAGAAGCCGUUGGUUGUCCAUUCGUGUCGGUCAUUCAAACACGUUGUGCACCACGUCUGUGAUGUUUCGCUGCCGAUUCCUGAUUGUCGCUGCUGCUGUCACCGA